AGAAGCACUCGCGCGCGCUCAGAGAGAGUGCGAGCUCGUGCUGAGAGCGCGCGGCGUCCGCGGGAUUUUAUGCUUCGUUUAAAAUUUCGAUCAAAAAUUAAACGGUUUUUUCCUCCUGAAGCGGAAAUGGUUUUUCCUUCUCGUGGCCGCGUCCUCCUCGGCUCGCGCUGAUGGACCUCGCGCUGGAGGAUGACCAUGGCUUCUCUGGCCGACAGUCUGGUGACCUCUGACCCCGCCAAAUCCGCCUUCCUGGAGUUCAGUCACGGGCACGGAUACCCGGCUCGCGCGCAGCCCUACUCGCACUACCCCGCGCACGCGCUGCACGAGCCCGCGGGCUCCAGCGCGGGCCACUACGGCUACCAGAGCGCGCCGCCCGCACGAGCCUUCCUGCCCCACGGAGGAGGCCUGGGGCACGCGGGGCAACCACAUCCAGAGAAAUCAGCAGUGAUUGAAAACGGAGAGAUCAGGCUGAAUGGAAAAGGGAAGAAGAUCCGGAAGCCCCGGACCAUUUACUCCAGCUUCCAGCUUCAGGCCCUGAACCAGCGCUUCCAGCAGACGCAGUACCUCGCCCUGCCCGAGAGAGCUGACCUGGCAGCAAAACUGGGCCUAACACAGACACAGGUAAAGAUAUGGUUCCAGAACAAACGAUCCAAAUACAAAAAGAUAAUGAAACAUGGCUCGGGUGGGCCAGAAGGAGAACAUCUUCAGACAGCUGCAGCAUCAGGAACUCAAUGCUCUCCGGCGAUGCCUCCAUUAUGGGAUGUUUCCAUGUCAAACAACGGCGCCCCCAUCCACACUGGAGGAUAUAUGAACUCCUUUGGGCACUGGUACCCAAGCCACCAUCAGGACUCUGUUUGGCCGGAACUCAAAUGAUUUUCGUGGGAUGAGUGAAAUUCAUUUCCUUCUGAUUCCCACAGCACCAAUCAACAUAUUUACCACUCAGAGAGGCUCUGAAAACAUCAACCAAACAUAACACAUAGAGGUCUCCCCUCACAACUUCUCUUUUUCAUGAAGACUUUCCUUUCCUAUCUGAGCUUUGGGAUUAUUCAGAAGACUGAAAUGGUGUGAUGUUCUCCUGAAUAUGGAAUUUCUUAAAUGCAUGUCAUUUUGAAUAAAAUACUGAUUCUUUUUAGAGUGAUGUGCUCAUAGUUAUUUAUGUUUAUGGGUAUUGUUUUGUUCAUUUAUGUUUGUUUACUAGGACAUAAUCUCAUGGACUGAAUCUUUUAAAGGAGUCUCAGCAUCUCUGUCUGAAUCAAGAAUUAAAAUCAACGGUUUUGAAGCAAAUAUUUAACAACACUCUCAAAAAGCAUGUGUAAAACAGCACCCCUGUUGUGUUGGGUAUUUUUUGCACAUUUUGUGAUAACAACACAAAUAUAACAAUUUUAUUUAACAUCCAAAAUGACACAAAGCUUCUGAUUUUUAUGUAAAACGUUGAUAAUUGAAAAAAAGUGUUAAACCUGAAAAAGUUCUUUAGGGACUAGUUUGCCUUGUGUGUACAUCUUUGCUAUGGAUGGAUUAGAAAUACAUACAUAUUAGGCCACAACCUUCUCCAAACUACCAUAAACUGCAACAUUGUCUCAGGCAUCAGAUAACAUUGUCUGGAGCCAGAUUCACGAAAGCUUUCUUAAGAAAAACCAUGGGAAGGUUCUUAAGACAAAGUUCAAAUCUUGGAAAAAACUCAACCUCUACUGCACACAUUAUGAGAGCAAUUUAAAAAAAAAUCAAUUCACUUUUUUGCAUAAAAUGGUCCUUGAUUUAUUUUUUUGGACAAUUAAAUUCAAAAACAUUAAAAAAAUGUGCAGGGGUCCUUUGGGAAUUUGUUGCCUUGAGGUCACAUUGUGCAUCAGUGGGAAUAAAUGAUAUAGAGCCAUGUUCCCUGAAGUGGUGAGACUUGGCUUGUGACUGGCUUAAACCAUUCCACUGUCAGGCAAUGUUGUUUGUAGGCAGCAAACAUUUCUGCAAAUUCUCAUAAGCUAAAAAAAAAAAAAAAAAGAUACUGAAUGUUAAAAAUAAGGUUAAAAAGUGCCCACUAAGGGACAGUAUGACCAAAUCAAAAUAAAAUUAUUUUUAUUGACUUACUCAAACUCUUCCCUUUAUUGUUAACCCUACCGUUGUCAUUAAAUAUGUAUAAUGAUAUUGUAAAGUGAGGAAAAUGAGUUUGUGCAAUAGAGGGUUAAGAUGUUCUCAGAUAUUCUCUUAAGAUAAUGUUAAUUUUUUUUUUAAGAUUUCCUUCAUUGUUUUCUUAUGUUGGCUACAUUUGCAUUUUACCAUGCAUCAUAAACAAUGCAAGACACCUUUGAAUUUGUGUUAACUAUUAUUUCCUCUUUGGAAAAUAUGAUAAUUGCAGGAUAACAGACGAAGAUGGGCAGGAGCAGCAGAGGCAGCGUCUAAUAAAUUUGGAAGCUCACCUUGUAAACUCUUACAGCCUAAGACAAGUGUGAGGCUACUGUAAGGUUAAGAAAACAUUCAAGAACAUAAUACUUUCAAGAAUACGUGUUUUUAGAAUCUUUACUUAGUCUUAAGUAAAUAGUUAAGAAAAGGAAAUAAGAUCAUUCUUAAGAAGCUGUUUUAAGAACGACGAUUUCUCAGAACUUUUUUUUCUUAAGAAUGAAGUGAGGAAAAAACACACAUUGAAGAAAAUUUUCAAUGUGAAGAAUUUUUUUCGUGAAUCUGAUGCCUGGCUUUGAUCAAGUUCCUCUAGAACAAUGUUAAAAAUGGGUGGAAUUCAGUUUUAAGGAUUCAAUGUGUGGUUUUUAACACAUCCAUUUUAAGAGUAUAUUUGCUGAGUAUAUAUUUUUGGUUGUGGACAAUUUAACAAGGCAGAAACAGAUUUGAUUAUAUUGCAAAUAACGGACAGUCUUGAGAAUGGAAAAUAACCAAAAUGUGUUAAAAGCCGUGAAAUGACUGCUAGUAAAUCUUCAGCUGGAAGGAUA